AUCGAGCGUUAAUUGAGAAGAAGGGGUGUAGCCUACUUGCGCCAUUUGGUUGUUAAACGCUCUUGUGAUUUUAUUUUCAUGUCAAAAAUAGGCUUUGGUUAGGAUAACUACCUGUUCUGCUUUUAAGAAAUUCCCAUAUAUUCCCUCGGAUCCUGGAGGCAACUAAUUCUGUUUUAAUAUAACCAGUGCUAUUGCCUAUUCUGCAAUGUGAAUCCAGUCCAAAAAAUGACUACUUUUUGUUAUUCUUAAUAUGUUGUCAGAGAAAAGAAAUGCGCUCAGUUUAAAGCAAUAUAUUUUUAUCAGAGUGCUGAAAAGUUGUAGAAAGAGGUUUAAAAGCAACUAAUAGGCACUCACCUUGUAAAAAUGUAACAAUAAUGCUACAUAAUAAGGCUAGAGAAUGAUUAUUCUUUGUUGAUUUAAAUUUACACAUUCUUUCAGUAGCCUAAUAUGUUUGAAUGAGUGAGGUUUCUAAAGCAUGGUCAAUAGCGUGUCCCUCUACGUUCUUUAUGGAGAUUAAGGGAACCGCGUCAUUAAAUCAUGGCUAAUUUGAAUGAAGGCUCCUCCCUACAACCCAGUGGUGUGGUUACAUCGCUGAAAUGAAAUGACACAGGCUUUCCGGAAUACACUUGUCGUAAAAGAAAGUAAAUUCGAUCUAUUUGGAUAUGUGAACACUUGGAAACAUAUGGUGGAAUCAGGGAACAUUUAAAAGUACUCACUGACACGAUAUUUAUGCAGGGAUAAAUUAUGAAGUAAUGGUAACUUCAGAAUGCCCGCUUGCGCUGGAGAAAGGUUUAAACCCAGCGCCUACAUACCCGUGGCUACUGCUGCGUGUCUUCUUGUGGGAUCCUCAACUUUAUUUUUUGUGUUCACGGGUCCUUGGCUGGCUGAGAGGAUCUGUCUGGCAGUGCCAGUAUGUGCUGGCGUCGUUUUUUUCUUCGUGUUGGCCAACUUCACCAUGGCAACAUUCAUGGACCCUGGUGUGCUCCCGAGAGCCGGUGAGGACGAGGAUAAGGAUGAUGACCUGCGGGCGCCCCUGUACAAGAAUGUGGAGGUGAGGGGCAUCCAGGUGCGCAUGAAGUGGUGCACCUCCUGCCACUUCUACAGGCCCCCGCGCUGCUCCCACUGCAGUGUGUGUGACCACUGCGUAGAGGAUUUUGACCACCAUUGCCCAUGGGUCAACAACUGCAUUGGGAAGAGGAACUAUCGUUAUUUCUUCCUCUUCCUGUUGACCCUCAGCGUCCACAUGUUGGCCAUUUUCAGCGGUGGGCUUCUCUAUGUGACGGAACAUCUGGAGGACCUGUGGGCUCUUGAGGCUACCGUCACUGUGGUUGUUAUGAGCAUCUCUGGCCUCUUCUUUCUGCCAGUCCUUGGGCUGGCCUGCUUCCACCUGGUCCUGGUAGCCAGAGGUCGGACAACAAACGAGCAGGUGACGGGGAAGUUCCAGGAAGGAGUGAACCCUUUUACAAAAGGUUGCUACGGCAACGUGAAGUCUGUCAUGUGCAGUCCUCUGAGCCCGAGGUACAUAGGGAAGCAGAGGAAGAAGACUCCUAUUAAAAUCCAGCCUCCUUUCAAGAGACCGGAAAGUGACAGGGAAACUCCUGUGAAAAUUAGGGACAAUGGAGUUCAAACUAAUAUCAUUCCAAAUAAGGCUGUGGAGGGGGUGAAUGAGCCAGACAGCCAGCGGCUGAGCACCCCGCCUCCUCUGCCACCUAAACCCGACCCCGUCCUCCUGAGGAACCACUUGGCCGCCUUAGAAGAGAGCCUCUUGUAUAGCAGAUCCUCCUUCCCAUCUGCGCAGCCAGCAGGGACACUCCGCCCUUCACUGGACCCCCUCUCCAAGCUAGGUCCCCUCUCCUCCAGGGAAGAGGUUCGUCAGACUAUGGAGACGAUUAUGCAGACUGGCGCACGCACCCAGGACUUCUCCUCUGACCCCAACCUGGGAUUCCCGUCUAGCACUAUGCCUCUGAACUCGCUCACGCUCAACUCUCGCUCGCUCAGCCUCAGGCACGCCCAUCGCUACAGAGACCGCCCUCCUCUUUCCUCCCAGACAUCAGAGGCGCUGACAUCCACAGGUCUUGCCUCCCAGAGUCUGCGCCUCUCCCCGAGCGUGCUCACCAGUCGUGGCAGCAGCCUCUCCUACGACAGCCUCCUGGGCCCCGGGGAGAACGGGUCCCAGCGAGGGCUCCCUCUGCUGGGCUACCAGGCGCCCUACUUCCCCCUGGACUCCGGGGGUCUGGUUCUGGGCCUGUCCCGCGGGCCCGAGCCCCAGCGCCAUUCUCCGCACACGCGCAGCCCCGUCUUCAUGGGCAUGACCCGCCAGUCGCCCCAGCCUCGCGAGCCCUCGCCUGUGCGCUACGACAACCUGUCCAAGGCCAUCAUGGCGUCCAUCCAGGAGCGCCGCGAGCUGGAUGAGAGGGACAAGCUCACGCAGCGGCACAGCCCCGCCGCGCUGGGAUACGCGCCCGAUGCCGGGGUUUAUGACACCCCGAGCAGGCGCAGCCUCCCGCCGGAGGGGUUUCGCGGGCCGCCCUCGCGAGGCCCGACUCCGCCGGCGUACGGCUCGCGUGAGUUCCUCAUGAGCAGCGCCGCGUACGGCUACGGCAGCCGCGUGGGCCUGUCCUGCUCGUCCACGUCCUCGCUGUCCCGCGCCCCUCGCAUCGCGUGCUCUUCCACCUCCUCGCUCUCGCGCACGCCGCGCAACAACUCCUGCUCGUCCACCUCCUCCCUCUCGCGGGCGCCCAGAACCUCCAGCUCGCCGCUCCAGUCACACCCUCCGGGUGGCAUCACCACACAGGACCGCUCGCUCUCCCCGUCGUACCACUCCAUAGAAUGCCACCUCCAGGAGUCGCCCUCCGCCAUGCCCUAUUCCCCGACCUCCUAUGCCACCCCCCGAGGCCUCUCCUUCAUAUCCGACACUGAAACCAGAGACGAGCCCCCCUAA